CUUCGACUCUUUACUUCCGUUCACCAACCGACCUGCAAUGUAGAACAAGUAAACGGGACUAAGCUAGCUAUUUUUGAACCAACACAAGCUAGCAUCAAUUCGUUUUUGAGCUUAGUUUAAUUCGGAAAUUAAAGUAACUGUAAGCGUAAUCUCAAACAAGGGAUCACAAUGGAUAUCAUUAAUAUGAAGCGGGCGGCGGUCAGCGUAUCUGCCGGAGUCAUGAGCUUUAUGAUGCCACAAAAUGGAGUCGGGAAGGGACAGAUGCACUACGGCCCGGAAGCGUCCUCUCCACAAAUAGCGAUGGGAUCCUCUUUAGCCUCACAAAAUGGGAAUGUCGGGUCGAAUGAAACCACCAAGCGGCCCAAGGCUCUGGUUGUUAACUCGGGAAACGACGAUAUCGAAGACGGCUCGCUGCCGUGCACCCCGGAGCCGGACAGUGAAACCGAAGUCUCCAGCUGUCCCACUGGGGGCGAAGUCCUGGAGAGCGACACCAGGCAACUCAUCAGCGCCUUCCUCAGAGAGCAUACUGGGCUUUCAAAGCCUGGUUGGAAUGAGAGUAGUGCACUAUCGACGAUGAAAAGAGUCGUGGAGGACGUGCUGGCGAAACACAGAUACGCGUAUAAUGGUAUGAUCAACAAACUGUCACUGGAAGACAGAGGGGACGAUGCAAGUUUUGUCAGCGCUGUGGCAAAGAGCCUUUUUGCGGAUGGAACAACAAACUGGGGCAGGAUCGCCAGCCUGGUCGCUUUUGGAGCGGCUGUGUCACAAUACCUGAAGGAGAAUGGCAGGGGGCACUGUGUGGAGCUGGUGGGGCAGGAGAUCUCCACGUACCUGCUGUCUGACCACCGGGACUGGCUGGUCAAAAACAACGCCUGGGACGGCUUUGUCGAGUUCUUUCGAGUAGCAGACCCAGAGUCCACAGUGAGGACAACACUCAUGGCUUUUGCUGGGUUCGCAGGAAUUGGGGCCACGUUGGCCCUGUUGAUCAGGUGAACUUAUGGACACUCAGAGACUUAACACAUUCUGGACUUGAGACAAAGGACACUGAAGCAGCGGCUCUUCCUCAGCUGUUCACCUUUUUUCAUCUUGGACUCCCUCACACCCAGCCUAAGAAUAAGACUUUUCAACUUCAACUGACUUUUCAGCAACAACAAUUAGGGUUAUUUAAUUUACAAAGAAAUUUAUUUUUAUAAUAAAUGUAAAAUGUGUUUCCAGACAAAUUGAAGUGGUUACUGGCAGUCAGAUAACAGCAUUUCUGCUUGAUUGCUUUUUUGUUUUUUUUUAUCACCAAUCCCUUGUGCUGAUGGUGUUGGUAAGGGCAGGGCAGGGCAGGAAGGUUGAAGCUGUCAUGUAGUCAUGAAGCCCUUUUCUUUUGAGCCCAUUCAUAACCCCUGGACCUUUUUUGUAUGGACACCUCCACCAUGUGAGAGGGGGAGGAGGAGAGGGGUUGAUUUGCAUGAGUGUAGCGCUACUUCCUUGUUAUGAAAAUGUUUGGAUCUGCGCUAAGAGACGAAGGCAAACCACAUGCAGGACUUAUUUGCUCCGUCAGAAGGCUGGAAAGUUUGAGUCUGAUGGAAGAAGUGAACAAGGACUGCGAGUCGAGUGGAUGCAGAUUGUGUUGGUCGCCUGCACCAAGGCUGACAUCAGUAUGUGGAAAAUGGUUUUUCCUCUGAGAGAAGGGGAAGCGCACAAUAGUUCAGAUCCAGUUUUAAGCUACCAAAUCUGUAUGAAACAAUAAAAAAAAAAAAAAUCAUUUGACCUUUCUGAUAUGGUCUUUCUGUUAGGAGUGCAAGGUCACAUAUGCACUCAUCCUGGUUCUGUUGGUAUAAAAUGAAUGACCUCGUUCUAAACUAACUUUAACACUGUUGCACAUUUUGGCCUUUGAUGUCUUUUCACACCACGCCCCCCCCAAAAGAGCCACAGCUGCAGUUUCCUAGAAAUAAGCCGAAGCUGUGGCCGCGCCUCCACCACACUGAGCGGCUCAGCUGCAUCCGCAGUUUCUUUGCGAGAUGGGGUUUGUUAUCUGCAAAGAGCUGGUGCAAAGCAGCAGAAGGGAGAUUGUGAGACGAGGGUAAAAAACAGUUCACAACAUCCUCACAAAUGUCAAAACACUGUCUUCUUCCUUGGUAGGUUUUAGCUGCCGUCUGGUGAGGUAAUCAACUAUACUGGGUCCUUAACUGUUGAUAUGGUUUAUUAUGUGCAGUUAGGAAGGUUUUUAGAUUGUUCUAUCUGUGGGGUGUAACAUUGUGUAAAUAAACAGGAAUAUUUUUACACUUA